CUUGCCGGCGGGGCGGGGCCAUACGGAGCUCCCGCGCUCUGAUUGGCUGGGGUUGCGCGGGCGGAACUCGAGCCCACCGGGGCUACGGUGCCCCUUCCGGCCCCGCCCCCGGCGGUGCGCGCUCCCGGCACGUGGCCCGCGGCAGCGGCAUUUCUGGAGCCCCUUUCCUGCCCCGGCGUAGGCUCCACCGCUUGGGCGCUCCCAGGAUGGCUCCCCGCGGGAGGAAGCGCGGAGCCCAGCAGCCGGCGGCGGCCGAGGCGCCGGAGACAGCGGGAGCCCCGCAGAAGAGAGCGCGAGCCCAGGCCCAAGACGAGGGCAGCGCCGGGGACAUCGGCCCCCGUGUGGUCAUCGAGCACUGCAAGAGCUGACGCGUGUACGGGCGCAACGCGGCGGCGGUGAGCGAGGCCCUGCGCGGGGCCAUGGCCCACCUCCCCGUGGACAUCAACCCCCGGCCGCCGCGCAGGAACAGCUUCGAGGUGUCCCUGGUGAAGGAGGACGGCAGCACCGUGGAGCUGUGGAGUGGUAUCGGGAAGGGGCCGCCCCGCAAGCUUAAGUUCCCCCAGCCGGAGACCGUAGUGGAAGCCCUGAAGAGCAGCUUGGCAUAGAGGCGUUGGCCGGCCGAACCAGGACCAGCGCAGGUGGCACGAGCGUCCAUGAAGAGGCGAGACCAAGUGGGGGGCACCUGCCAGCCCCAGUCCCGUCCCUGAUGCUGCAGCUCUGCCACUGCCAGACCCCUGGCUCCCUCCACACCCCACUGUCCCCCCAGUCUCCAAUAAAGUUUAGUACUCCACA